AUGAGCAACAAAUAAUAAUAAGCUAAAGAUUAUCUCACAGCAUGUUUUCAAUGUAAAGGUUUUGAACCAUUCUUUGUUGUUACAAAAACAUCUCUUUUGCGUAUAUUAGAUAAUAUGGCAUAAAAAUAAUUUGAUAGAGAAUUGGCAGAUGAGUUAUUUGAACGUUGUCCAACAAAUUAUAAAGGCUUUGUCAAAAUUGAAGAUUUCAUAGAAAUUGUUAUUUAGGCUGAUAUAGUAUUGAAUGAAAAAAUCAACAAAGCUAAUGAAUUUAUAGUGAAGCAAACAGAAGAAUUGACAAAAUUAACUAAUAAGAAUAGAUCUUAAAUUUUAUAGAUUCGAGUAAUUGGAGCUAAGAAUCUCCAUUAAGGAUUGAUUAAUGCCACUAACAAACCAUAUGUUGUUGUACAUUUCAAUUAAGAGAAAAAAAGUUCUCGUUUAGCACAUAAUGAUAUUCUUAAUCCAAUAUGGGAUGAGACCUUUAUUUUGUAAAAAUCCUUUAAUAUAUUUAUAGUCCCAUUAAGUCUGGAAAUGAAUAAACUUAUAUAUCAAUAUUAACUUUGGAUGGCACAAAUAAUAGAAGUAAUUUAAUAGGAGAGGUUCAUUUUGGAUUGAGAGAAUUAGAAGAUUAAAUGAAACAUAAUCAAUGGUUUAAUAUAUAUGAUCGUCAUGGUUCAAUGAGUAGUGGAAGUUUACAAUUAGAAUUAUAAUUAUUACUUGAUGAAGUAUAUAAUGUUAAAGAUUAUAAAUUAGUAAAUGUUUUAUGAAUAGGCUCAACAAGUUAUGUAGCAAUAAAUAUUAAAUCAACAAGAUGAAAAAGAUUAAUAUGAGAAUGAUUUGAAAAAUCUUUAUACUCCUUUUUAGAAUGGAUUAUUACAACCAAAAAGACUAAUUGUUCCUGAUGCUCCUCAAUUAAUGUUUGUUCAUGAAUUCUCUAAACCAAUAAUCUAUUAGGGUGAUAAGAAAGUAGAUUUGACAGUUUAUAAAACUCCUUAAUUAAGUGAUAGUAGAGUUUUAUAAAUAUUGAAUCAACCUCCUGAAAGUGUAACAACAGUACAUCCAGAAAUUGAUUAUCCAGCAAGACAUGAUUUAAAGUAAAAAGCCAAUUAUGGAUAUGAUCAUGUUACUAAAGAUAUGAAAUUAACAGCCAUUUUAAUCAUAUUAUAUGUGGUUAGUAGUAUAUAUUUAUGUUGGGUUAAAACUGAUUUUGUUAAUAUUACUAUAGCUUUAUGUACUUCAUUGAUUGUUGGUCUUAAUUAUUUUGAGAAGAAUCAUUUAAAUAUAUUUGCAAUUCUAAUAAUUUUAACAUUGUUAUUUGAUGUUUCUUGGUUGGCAGCAUAUUCAGGAGUAUAAAAAUUAUAAUUUAUUAAUUAAUAGGUUUGGUGGAAUCAAAAUAAAUCAGAGAAUCCUUAAUAAGAAUCUGAACUUAUAACAUCAUAGAGAAUAACAAUUCUUGUUAGUUACUUUGUAAUUGUUUUGAAGAUCACAUUAUCAUGUUAAUUAUGGAAUUUGAAAAAGAAUAUAGAACCAUUAAAUAAUCAUAAAUAAUUUGGAAUUGGAACACAUUUAUAUUAAGCGAAUGGAGGACACAUAAAUCCAUUUAUUUAAUGA